CAGUGUGUUUCCCAGCGGAACUAGUAUGAUAAUGACUGCCUCCUUGAUAAUAUGCUCGGCAAUCGACAUUUCGUUUAUCUCCUUAAUCGAGUUCGCAUCUCUUCGAAAAAAAAAAAGCACAGAUUAAAAUAUUGAGGAAAAAUAUACGAGAACCCAUAAUAACUCGUCGGCAUAUUGAACAAAAUAACUGGAUUGACGCUCGGACCGACUCGACGUUUGCCAGUGCCGUGAUAAAUCUAUUAUAUUAAUGUUGUUAAACAACGUCAAAUUAAAUGUGUGUUUUCAAGUUGGGGCUCACAAAGGAACGUAGAAGAAAUUUUUAUAGAUACAUCGGUGUGUGCGAAUGGUUUGGCGCAGUAGGAAAUAAAGAAUAAAAAAUCAUGCUGCAGACGUUUUUUUUAGUCGUGACGUCGAUCCUGCAAAUACAAAGUUUAGAAUUUGGAGAGAGUUGUUUCGCAAAUGAUGAACCGGGAACGUGUAUCGCCCUCUCAGAAUGCAAGCCAGUUUUAUCAUACAUCGAAAAGUUUGGAAAUCAAAUCCCUAAUAAUUUGCUACAGAAGUUUCAAGAUCUGACGUGCGGCUAUGACCACAGCGAUCCCCUGGUUUGCUGCACUACAUCCCAACACAUAACUGGAUACUUUAAUGAUUUCGGUAAUCAAAAUGGCGGGACUAGCGUACCGAAACGACCGAAGCCCGUUCCUACUAGUAACAGCGGUAAUUGGGGCGGUCAACCAAGCAAGGAACAAACAACAAGCAACCGACCGACUACUGCUGAUACUGAUAUUAAUAAGAGCGGCCGUGAUGACGACUUUCCGGACAUUCGUCAGAACCCCAACUUGAGUUUAUUAUCAAGUAAUUGUGGAACGAUAGAAAGCGAUAGAAUAUUCGGAGGGAAUCGUACCCGACUGUUCGAGAUGCCGUGGAUGGUGCUUCUUUCCUACGAUUCAGAUCGUGGAACAAAAUUGAAUUGCGGAGGAACACUUAUAAACGAAUGGUAUGUUUUAACGGCCGCGCAUUGUGUAUCGUUCUUAGGAAAUAGAUUAACAUUAAAACACGUUAUCCUGGGAGAAUAUGACACAAGGCAAGAUCCUGACUGCGAAAGAUCGGAAGGAAAGGAAUAUUGUGCGGCUGGUAUAAUCACGGCAGAAUUCGACGAAGUAAUUCCUCAUACAGGCUACACACCACAAACAUUAAUCGAUGAUAUAGCAUUAAUCAGACUGAAAGAGCCUGCCGACUUUGAUUUAGAUAAUAUUAAAGCGAUUUGCUUACCGAUUACUCCUGAACUGCAAAGGGAGCCUCUUGUUGAUAACUUUGGCGUGGUAGCAGGUUGGGGAGUGACAGAAGAAGGACUACAAUCUCCUGUUUUACUUAGUGUACAGCUGCCAAUUCUCAGCAAAGAAAAAUGUUUGCAAGACUAUUCCCAAUAUUCCCUUAAAAUCAACGACAAGCAGCUCUGCGCCGGCGGCUUGCACGAUAAGGAUUCAUGCGCCGGGGAUUCUGGUGGCCCUUUGCUGUAUCCAGGGAAAGUUGGCUCAACUGGCGUCCGAUAUGUUCAGAGAGGCAUAGUCUCGUUUGGGUCGAAGCGGUGUGGUAUCAGCCUGCCAGGAGUGUACACGAAUGUCGCAUACUACAUGGAUUGGAUCUUGAAUAAUAUUAGAAGUUGACGCGUUGUAUUUAAGGAAACUAGUCUUAUAUUAAACUUAUCAUAAAUGUCAAAAUCGAUUUGUAGUAUCAUGUAGUCAAGCCUGUUCUGCCAUAAAUUAUCAAGUGAAUGACGUAACGAGUGUAUUUUUUUAUUGGUAGCCAUUGAAAAUAUGUAUGCAGUGUUUUUAAGAUGUAUUUGGAAUGUUUUUGAUGAUACAUUAGAUCGCGUUGGUCGUGUUGUUUGAUUAUUAUAUUACAGUUGAAACUCAUCUAAUUUUGCUUUAAUUUUUUAUUUGUAUUUUUUUUGUUUUUGUAUCAUUUUUAUUUAUACUAUUAUAUUUUGGUGCUAUUAUAACUUGUGUGAAAGAUAGUGAGUAUUUUUUUGUAUUUAAGCUGACGUUUAAGCGGAGUCAUAAUGG